UCCAACAGCCAUUUUUGUAAAAUACAAACAGCACGACCGAGCGAGACAGUCAAAAACUAAUUGCGACCGUUGCAGAUACAGGGAAAAAUAUAUAAAGAAUUCAGCAUCGAACACACGCAAGACGAGUGUUGAAAACCGAGACAUACCAGCAGUUCAAACCAUCGGUUCCUGCAAAAAACAGUGAGUUCUUUAGAGAAGAUCCAACUCUGGAGAAAACAGUGAAUGGCUAGUUUAGCCUAGCUGGCCAGCAGGCUCGCAGAAGAGGUGUUGGGAGUUGGGAGUUGAAUGCUUGGCUAUGAAACAAUAAUUCACAAAAAUUUUGAAUAUAAGUAAAAGAGAUCAAGAACCCAGCAAUAGUUACGGCAUUACAAACUGCCCUGAAAGUAUUUUUACAAACAGCAGUCUGCUGUUAUUUAUGCUGCCACAAAUUCUUAAUCAUAGUGUGUUUUUUCUCUAUCUCUCUAAAGUGUUUUCAAAUUGCUGAAAAAUUUUUUUAAAGAUCUGAAGUUACUGGCACAUUAGGGUGGCGUGCCAUCUUUUGGAGCUCUUAUAUCUGGCUAGAUAUCCAUCAGCCAUUAUCUCUCUAAAACUGGCAGCUAUUAUAAUAUUCAUACAGAGUUUAGAAUUACCAAGUCCACCUCAGCACACAGAACCCCCAUACUGGUCCUGACAGAACCACCUCAUUCCUGUCCCCCGUUCAUACUGGUCCUUUACAGUCCUGUUCUGUGGACAAGAAACCCUGAGCCCUCUGGACAUAUAGAAUAUGACUGCUGAGACACUUAACUUCGGUCCAGAAUGGCUCCGUGCACUAUCCAGAGGGGGGAGUGUGACGUCCCCUCCCCCUUCCCCUGCAAUGCCAAAGUCCAAGUUGGCCGACUACCGCUAUGGCCGCGAGGAGAUGUUAGCACUUUAUGUCAAAGAUAACAAGAUCCCUGAGGACAUGCAGGAUAAGGAGUUUGCUGCUAUCCUGCAGGAAGAGCCUCAGCAGCCGUUGGCCUUGGUGCCCCUGACUGAGGAGGAGCAGAGAAACUUCUCCAUGUCUGUGAACAGUGUGGCUGUGCUAAGGCUUAUGGGUAAAGGAGGUGGAGCUGUACCAACAGUUGUAGCUAGAGGGCGUGGAAGCACUCGAGGUGGUCGAGGGAGAGGCAGAGGAGAGGGCGGAUUCUACCAAAGAAGUGUGGAUGAAGAGGUCGGUUUUGGCCGAGGACGAGAGAUGCACCGCAGUCAAAGUUGGGAUGACAGAAGUGAGCGGCGCUUUGAAAAGCCCUUGAGGCGUGAUGGUGGGCGUGGUGGUUUUGAGGAGGGAGGAGCAGGAGGAAGGAAGGACUACGUGCGCUCAGACAGUGAUAACUGGCGUACGCUCAGAGAGGAGCAGGAGGACGAUGAUGGGGCAGAACCAGAUGGAGAAGGUGGACGUAGAAGGGCUGGAAGUGAGGGAGGAGCGGAAGAGCGAGAUGGCCUGCCUGAAUGGUGCACCGAUGAAGAAGAAGGGGAGAUGGGAACCUUUGAUUCUUCUGGAGCCUUCAUGUGCAUUAAGAAAAGCUCCAGAGAUGCAAUCCCUGAAGACCAGGAACUAGAAUUUGAAGCUCUGGAGGAGGAAGAGGAGGGUGGUCAAGAGAAGGACAGCCCUGCUGAUAAAUCGGACACAUGUGAAGCAAUAGCUGUGUGUGAUGGAGACAGAAAGUCAUCAUCUCCUCAUGUGGUGUCUGCUCCUGCCCCUGUGCACCCUGUUGCAGAGGAAAAGACUCCCAAACCCAUAGUCACUCCUCCUUCAAAACCUGCACCCCAACCAUCUGAAGAUGCAGCUCCAGCAGGUGGCACCACAACGCAGAUGCAGAGCUCCUCUCCUCCCUCAACUACUGGUACUCACCUUCCAACAGUAGGGGGAGACACCGAGGAGGAAGAUGGCAUGAAGCACCUUCAGCAGGAGGCUGAGAAGAUGGUGGCGUCCCUGCAAGACACGUCUCUUGAAGAGGAGUGUUUCACUCAAGCUCUUCAGGAGAGCCACAUCACUGCGGCACACACUCACACACACCCGAAUACGCACACACACUCUCACUCCACCUCACACACUCUCCCGAACUCCGCCAGUGCUCUGCCCCUGUCCCAUGAAUCCGCAAUGAAGUGGUUCUACAAAGACCCUCAAGGGGAGAUUCAAGGUCCUUUCACUACAGUGGAGAUGUGUGAGUGGUUUCAGGCGGGGUAUUUCUCCAUGAACCUGCUGGUCAAACGUGGUUGUGAUGAGGGAUUUCAGCCCCUGGGUGAAGUCAUCAAGAUGUGGGGGCGUGUGCCUUUCUCUCCCGGCCCCUCCCCUCCUCCACUGCUGGGGAACAUGGACCAGGAGGUAUUGAAGAAACAAUUAGAACAAGCUGCCACUGCAGCCCUGUACAAACAACUUCAGAUGAGAUUUCAGCACAUGAACAGGUGUGGUGAGACUGGGAUGAUGCCUGCGAUGAACAGGUCCAUGUCAGUGCCAGACACCGGGCCCAUGUGGGACAUGCCUACCUCAGUCUCUCAGCAGUCAGGCGGUGAUACCAGUCUGUGGGACUUAACCAUGAGUAACUCCACUCAGGGUCCAACUCUUGAACAUUUGCAGAAAAUCCAGCAGGAGAGGCGUGAAGCUGAACUCAGGAAGCGUGACGAAGAGGAGAGGAAACGGAGGGAGGAAAAGCGCAGGCAGCAGGAGGAACAGAAGAGGAGAGAGGAGGAGGAGCUUUACAGACGAAAACAGCAGUGCCGUCAGCAGCAGGAACUGAUCAUGAAGUUUCUGCAGCAGAGCCAGCAGCAGCAGAGCGUGCCAGGGGGCGCAGGGUGGAGCGGAAGCCAGGCAGGAGCUUUGUCUCUGGGCAAAGCUACCGGAAAGAGCAUGGGACUCCUGGAGCUGGAGGCAGAGAGACUUCACAAACAGCAGCAGCAGAGAGCUCAGCAGCAGCAAAGGCAUGGAGGUUUGACAAUGGGCCAGUGGAGUGAUGGGCCAUCUGGGAUGUGGUCAGGAGCUGGCAUGGAAGGGAAGGUCGGAGGUGGCAACCCUGCUAUGGGCAUGUGGGAUGAGGCCAUGAAAAACCAGGCCAGCCAUCGCAACAUUGGCCUCAAGAACAGCCGCAGCAGUCCCUCUCUCAGUGAUCAGUACAUGCUGAAUCGGCAUAAGCGUACUGACGAUGAGGAGAGGCUUCUGAAGCUUCUUCAGGGGAUGAAACCUCAGGACGGUUUCACCACUUGGUGUGAACAGAUGCUCCACGCUCUCAACACCUCUGCAAAUAACUCCUCCUCAGUGGACGUGCCCACCAUUGUGGCAUAUUUGAAGGAGGUGGAGUCUCCAUAUGAAGUUCAUGACUUUAUCCGUAUUUAUCUGGGUGAUACCAUUGAAGCCAAAGAGUUUGCCAAGCAGUUCCUGGAGCGCCGUGCCAAACAGAAAGCGAACCACCAGAGACAAAAGCAGCAGCUGUCCAAGGAAGUCUCUGGAUUAAACAUGAACUUCCCCCUGCAGUCAAUGUUCCAGGCAGCUCACAUGAGUAAGGGCGGCAGUGUGUACGACACUCAGGGAGGAAAAACGAAUAAAAAGCCUAGCAUGAUGCUCCAUUCUGACCCCAGUAUCCUCGGCUACUCAUUCCUGGGGGGAGGUGAGCUGGAGCAGGUGGAGGAUUACUGACCCAGCCCGUCUACUUGAGUUUACCUGAGGCCUUAAACCUGGAGCAAAUCAGCAGAGGAAUGUGCACUGCUCAGUGAGGGAAGGGGCGGGCAAUAUUUGUCCACACCCCCUCUCUCUUUCUCCCUCUUUCUCUCACUCUGCACUGUGAGAGGAGCAGAAGGAGGUUAUUGGGAGGUUCGGUGUGAAGAGGAGAUCCUCUUCUGCCUCCCUUCAGUAAAGCACCUUACCUAAACCAUUGCACUUUAAUGUUUUCAUAUUUGAAAUGGAGUUGUCUCUCUUUUUUUUUUUACAAUGCAAAAAUGUGUGAAUAUAUUGUUGCAUAUAUUAUGUGUAGAAUAUUUGUAUGAAUAUACAUAUGAGAGGUAGGAACGGAGCGGUUUCCGCCGUAUCAAACGUGGAGGUUUGGAAAUGUUGGGGAGAUAUAAGUUGAGCAUCUCUCCUAAAAGACAAACACUGUUGUAUUUUUAUGUUCAUGGUAAAGCUAUCAAAAUAUGAAUUUGAAAACUUGAAGAUUUGCACUUGUUUAACAAAAAAAAAA